ACGAGCGCGUUGUUUGUUUGCGACGUUUACCCAAGAAUGUGAAGGUGGGGCGUUUUGCGAUAUUCAGGAAAUUGUCAUUUUUCUAUUUUUCUCAUAGUAGAGAUGUACGAGUGUAUUUCGUUUUUUUUCUUAGCGUGCUUACACUUCUAAGAACUCUUUGAAUGGUUCCCCAUUUAACAUAAUGAUGACGAGAAAACCCAACCAACCUCAACCCCCAAAGAGAAGAGGAAAGGUCAGUGCUAGUGUCAGUGGGCAAAUUGACUCACUGGACAACAAUACCAUGACUGAUUCAGAGACAGUUCCUCCAUCACAAAAGAGGCACCUGACCAUGAUGCAGCAUGGCGACAACCUCCUCAAGUUUCUAAAUGAGGACCGAACGAAGCAGAGGUUCUGCGACGUCUCCGUCAGUGUGGGCGGGAAGCGCUACAGAGCCCACAAAGCCAUGUUGGCGCACGGUAGCAGCUACUUCCACGCCGAGCUGACCAAAAACCCAACCGCCAAUCACGUGAUUCUCGACCACGUGGAGGAUUCCGUGUUCCAACACUUACUGCACCUCCUUUACACGGCCGAGUGCGUCAUCCCCGAGAGCGAGGUCCCUGCCCUGACUGAAGCGGCCGGCUUCCUGGACAUGAUGGAUGUAGUGAAGCUCCUGGCAGGAGAGGGGGAUGGCCGGCCAGCGCUUGCCCGAGUGGAGAUUAAGUCCGUGGGGGAACCAAGCUCAGAGAAGACCUCUAAAGCUUCUGACCUUCCAUCGGACUGUGUCGGGGUCCAAAGCCCAGUCCAGGCUGGUGCCCACCAUUGUUCAUUCUGCAGCCGCACGUUUUGCUACAAGAAGUCUCUGGAGAACCAUUUAAACAGGAACCACAGUAGCAGCACCGAGGGAGACGCCAGAGAAAAGGAGGUCAAUCAAGAGGUUACUACUACGGUAACCACGACCCGGAGGUCUGCCCGCAGGAGGAGAGUUCCCGCUAAAUUGGAGAGAGGUGACGCAGACAGCGCCGGUGCAACGGAGGGGAAGCUACAUCAAGACUCCGCUAGUAGAGACCUAAACACCACAGAGGAAGACGACGAGGAAGAUGAAGAAGAACAAGAAGAUGGGAGAAAACCAAAGCACAUAUCCGACACAGGAGAUGCACUCACCCCAACCGAGGGUGAGGAGGCGGAAGAGGAGAGGGAGGAGGAGGAGAUGGUGGAGGAACGUCAAAGUGCGUUAGUACGGGGAGCAAGAGAGAGCGGUGAGAGUUCAGAGGUGGAGACAACAGAACACCAGACAGUCAAUGAGGUGGAGGUAUAUAGUCAGGCUGCCAAUGGUUCUAACUAUGGAACAGUGUACCCAGAGGGACUGGCUCCUGUCAUCAUCCAGAGCGUAAGCAAGAAGACGCUCAAGUGCCCCAAGUGUGACAAGACCUUUGACCGCACAGGGAAGUAUGAGAGUCACACCAGGGUACACACAGGAGAGAAGCCCUUCCAGUGUGACGUGUGUCUGCAGUGUUACUCCACCAAGUCGAACCUCACUGUACACAAGAAGAAGCACGCCAGUGACGCCCCAUUCCAGAAGAAGGACCACAAGUGCUCCUUCUGCAACAAGCUCCACGCCAGCAAAAAGACCCUCGCCAAACACGUCAGAAGGUUCCACCCGGACCACAUUCAGGAGUUCCUGGCCAUGAGGAGGAAGAAGAACGAUGGAUGGAAGUGUGAUAUCUGCCACAAGUCUUUCACACGUAGACCCCAUCUGGAGGAGCACAUGAUUUUACACACGCAAGACCGACCCUUCAAAUGUGCCUUCUGCGACGACUACUUCAAGUCCAGGUUUGCCCGCUUGAAGCAUCAAGAAAAGUACCAUUUAGGUCCGUUCCCAUGUGACAUCUGUGGCCGCCAGUUCAACGACACGGGUAACAGGAAGAGGCACAUUGAAUGUACACACGGGGGCAAGAGAAAAUGGACCUGCUUAAUCUGUGGGAAGUCAGUGAGGGAGAGGACAACGUUGAGAGAACAUUUGCGGAUUCACAGCGGAGAGAAACCUCACCUCUGCAGUAUCUGUGGACAGAGUUUCCGCCACGGCAGCUCUUAUAGGCUUCAUCUUCGAGUCCACCACGACGACAAGCGCUACGAGUGUGACGAAUGCGGAAAGACGUUCAUACGCCACGACCAUCUGACCAAACACCAGAAAAUACACUCGGGGGAGAAAGCCCACCAGUGUGAGGAGUGUGGGAAGUGUUUCAGGCGCCAUGAUCACCUGACCGUCCAUUACAAAAGUGUCCACCUGGGAGAGAAGGUGUGGCAGAAGUAUAAAACAGCUGUGCAUCAGUGUGAGGUCUGUAAGAAGGAGUUCAAAGGGAAGUCCAGUCUGGAGAUGCACUUCAGAACACACUCAGGUGAAAAACCUUACCGAUGCCCCGUGUGCCAACAGACGUUCCGCAUUAAGAAGACCCUCACCAAGCACAUGGUGAUCCACUCGGACGCCCGCCCCUUUAACUGCCCGCACUGCAGCGCCACCUUUAAGAGGAAAGACAAGCUGAAGUACCAUAUGGACCAUGUACACGGUGCUAAGUCCACUGAGCAGCAGCACCACCAGCAGCCUCCGGUGGUGCUGACAGAGGACAAGAUGGUGACCCUGCCUUAUAAUACCCACGGCCCCUCCAAAGUGUACCGGGCUGAACCCAAGACCGUUCUCCAGAAUGUCCCCUCCGACGUAUGUGUGCCUGUCACGCUGGUGCCCGUCCAGAUGCCCAGGGUGGUCUCGGGGGUACAGGGUGACCUGGGGGGACAUGUAACCUGCCCGCCCCAAGGUCAGGGGCAGCAGCAGACAGCUGGGGGGUACCAGACUGCCACGGAGCUGGCGUUCCUGGAGAAGUACACGCUUACCCCCCAGCCGGCCAACAUUGUUCACCCGGUGCAGCCUGACCAGAUGUUGGACCCCAGGGAUCAGUCAUACCUGGGUACCCUGCUGGGCCUGGACUCUGCCACCCCCGUCCAGAACAUCUCCAACUCGGACCAUGUCGCCCAUUGAUAAUGCCUCUCUAUACUUCCCGUUUGGCAACAUUUUAUUUAAAGGGUACCUACAUAAGGACAUUAUAACACAUUUAUAAUCCAUACAGUACACAUUUAUAACCCAUACGAAACUGUAUAAGCCCAUAGAGGUAACGUUUAUUUGAAGGGUGUGGUUGUUAACGUAAGCAUUCACAAAAUGCUCAUGCACUGCUUAUGCAUGGCUUAUGUAUAGUUUAUGAAUGGGUUAUGAAUCUGUUAUGAAUGGGUUAUGUAUGGGUUAUGAAGUAUUUAUGUAGCUAGCCUUAAAAUAAAAUGUGAUCGUCCUGCUCUUUUAACCUCUGCAGCUUAUUUAGGGGAGAACGCUCUGGUAGAAACAGAUGGUGUCGAACAGAUCUCGUUGUCAGCCGUGUGGAACAGGGAAUCUCAUCAGCUCCAUUUGUGAUAUUUAUAUCUGCGAUCGUCCAAACGUUGCACCACCUUGAUUGAGCCCCAACUCUUUCAUCAUAUUGGGUUCAAAGAGCACUUUUUAAAGUUUCUCUUGUCACACAAAAGCCUCAGAUCUCUGUCAUUCCAUAAAUUAGUGUGAGUGAGUGAGUGAUGUAUAUUGUGACAGGAGCCUGAUUGAUUACAAAAGGUAAUUCCAGAACAGGGUGUCUCAUUUUUAAAAAGCUGGCUGUAAGUCUGAAUCUUACAGGUGUAAUCUGGCUAUUUAUUCACAAUUUAAAUUGAAUUAAAGUAUUAUAGAACGCAUUUACCCCAUGCAAAUCAAGUUCCAUAAUAUUCCACAUGUUCCUUACCAGUUACCACAGAAUUUUAGAGUAACAAUCAAUCAUGGUGUUGUCAGCCUGUUGCUCCGGGGUGAAGUUUCCCCUGUACAGAUCUAGGAUCAGAUUCCCCUCCCCCAAUAGUAACCAUAACCAAUUACACCAUCAGUAGGGGAAAUGCAAAACUGAUCCAAGAUCAGCGUCUAGGGGUGACGUCCCUACACCCAGCGGGCUCCUCAAAACUAGAAAGGUCUGUUUAAUCAGUGUAUCAUGAGGUCAACCACGUCUGAAUCAAUCUUAAAAGUAUUCUGUAUAUUAUGUAUAUCAUGUUGUUUCUUUCACAAUGGACAGGAGGGAACAGCCUGGGUAGUAUGUAUAAAACACCCUGAUCUAGGAUCAGACCACCCCCCCGUCCAUGUAAUCUUAUUCAUUAUGAUCUAAAAGGCAAAACUGAUCCUAAAUCAGCACUUCUACUCUGAGACGCUUGAUACUUAUGAUAGGUUUCUGUCCUUAUGGGGAUGUACUAUAUGUUGCCUUAUAGGGGAUCACCAUGUUUAUUAAUGUGCAUUAUAAUCCGGUUGGUUCGAGCCCUGUUUGCUGAUUGGCUGAAAGCCGUGGUAUAUCACAAGUAUGACAAAAUAUUUAUUUUUACUGGUCUAAUUAUGUUUGUUACCAGUUUAUAAUAGCAAUAAGGCACCUCAGGGAUAUGUGGUAUAUGGCCAAUAUACCACGGCUAAGGGCUGUAUCCAGGCACUCCACGUUGUGUUGCGCAUAAGAACAGCCCUUAGCCGUGGUAUAUUGGCCAUAUACCACACCCCCUCAAGCCUUAUUGCUUAAAUAAACUUGACUUCUCUCUGUCUGUCCAAUACAACCUCUAAAUAAACUCGACUUCUCUCUGCCUUUACAAUACAA